AAAGAGCGAAAUAUAUUACUGCUGACACGCACACGAAUCAAAGAGCUGCUGUAGCCUCGCUCUCCUUACGCCGUCUUGGCCCUUUUAACGCCCAACCACUCCUUAGGCGUCUACACCCAACUCUGUCCUGUGUCACCACAAUCCUCGUCCUUGAUCCUACCUACUUCAAUCGAAGACCUCAGUCGACCUCGACCGCAUUUCUUUAUUUCGACACCUUCCUACGCCUCUCUUCCUGGACCCCGCCAAACUUUCUCAACUCCAACAUCAAUAUCCCCCACCAUGACUGCUGAUAGCUCCGUCAUCGGCCAAAACGGCUCCUCCAACGGCACCACAAACGGCACCACAAACGGCACUCCCCGAACCAAGAUCUGCGUAUACUGCGGCUCAGCGGCCGGAAAUGACCCGGAACAUGUCGAAGUCGCCCGCGAGCUCGCCCGCGUCAUGGCUGAAAACGACAUCGACCUCGUCUACGGAGGCGGCACCGUCGGCCUCAUGGGCGAAGUAGCCAAGACCCUCUGCAAGCUCAAGGGCCCCGACGCCGUCCACGGCAUCAUCCCCGAGGCCCUCGUCAAGUACGAGCGCGACGGCACCUACCAGACCAUCAACACGGAGAACCAGUACGUGCCCACCGAGUCCGAGUACGGCCGGACGACCGUCGUCAAGGACAUGCACACCCGCAAGAAGCUCAUGGCCGAGGAGGUCUUCGCCGGCGGGCCCGGCAGCGGCUUCAUCGCCCUCAGCGGCGGCUACGGCACCGUCGAGGAGCUCUUCGAGACCGUCACCUGGAACCAGCUCGGCAUCCACAAGCGCGGCAUCUGCCUGCUCAACAUCAACGGAUACUGGGACGGCAUCAUCCAGUGGGUGGACAAGGCCGUCGAGCAGGGCUUCGUCAAGCUGCCUAACAAGGAUAUUCUUGUUACCGCCAACAGUGCAGAGGAUGCCAUUCUGGGACUGAUGAACUACCAGGUUUCCGAGGGUACAUUCAAGCUGGAGUGGGGCACGCAAUGA